CAUUGCUUUGCAAAUUGUUAAGUGUUCUACUCUUCCAUGUGUUUAACGUCAAAUGUUAUAAUUUACUAAGACUUAGUAUCGUACUUUUUUUUCUUCGCAUAAUUUCUGUUGAUAGUGUUAUCAGCUAUCAGCAACAGUGUCACAGUGUGUGUGCAAAACAGUAUUAAUCAAAUCGAAUUGUAAAUUAGUUUUCUGGUUCCAAAGACCGAGUGUUAUGUUUAAAGUGCAUCAAACUGUGUGAAUGGUUUCCGUGAUCAAUUACCACGGGGGGACAAGGAUGUCCGACGAAGACGUGAAAGACAAAUUGCGACGCUUAAGCAUCACCAGCGGCCAGCCGGGUUCCGGCACGCCGCGGACACCACCGAAUUGCGCACGCUGUCGCAAUCACCGAUUAAAGAUCGCUCUUAAAGGUCACAAACGCUAUUGCCGUUAUUUGUAUUGCAAAUGUGAGAAAUGUCGCUUGACAGCCGACAGGCAACGUGUUAUGGCAAAGCAAACGGCGCUUCGGAGGGCCCAAGCUCAGGACGAAGCACGUGGUCUGAACGGUCUACAGACCGGUGCUCCGGUGAUGUACAGAAUACCUAUAGUACAGGAAACAAUGACACCCGCCACACCGUCUCCGCGUUCUUCGGAGGAAGCCCUCCACGCGAUGAACAGUGUUACCACAGUGUCUACACCGCCUAGAUCUUUGGAUGGUAGCUGCGGCCCUUCUCCAUUAGCCUCCCCGAGGUCCAUAAGUGGUGGCUUGCCAGUUAUAGGUACUGCAGGGCCUGAUAUCAAAAGGAUUUCGCCACAGACCAGUCCUCAUAUCGUCACAGCCGCUUCCAGAGGUUAG